AUGUACGCUCAGCCGCAGCCUCACCUACCGCCACCAGCCGGAUCCUACCACAGCGGACCUCCGCCAGCAAAGAAGCCCCCCGGGAAUGGCCCAAUCAUCACCAGAUAUCCACCUCCUCCAGGUUACAGAGGUCCGGCCCAACCCCAGGCACCACCACUCGGGCACUUCGGGCAGCAACCAGGAUAUGGCUACCAACAACCCGCUCACCUAGGAUAUCACCAACAAUAUCAGCCUCGCUAUCAAGCCAUUCCGCCACAUCAGCUGCCUCAAGGCAACUACUAUCCACAACCACAGCACGCCUGUCCGACUCCUGUAGCCACACCCCAAAGCGCGCCUCCAGGAUCUUGGCAUCAGCCGCCGUCGACCAGGGGUCUGCAUCGCCACAACUCUGCUCCUUCUUAUGCUGCCCAGCCCGUACUGGAUGGCAACGGUGACCCACUGCCACCUCCGGACAUGGUAUCGGACACAAGCAAUGGACUCGAGGAGGACUUUGAUGGCGAGUGCUACUUCGCGCGGCAUCCGGAAGAUAUCGAGGAGCACCUGAGCCUUGGUAUCAUUGAGUGGAAGCCACCUUUACCUACCAAGCGUGCGUUGGCGUCCACGUACCAAGAAGCUGAGCUCGAAGCGCUCGCAUCACGUCCGCUCCAAGCCAGUGAUGACGAAUCGGUCUCGGAGUUCUUCACAAAGUCCAGACGAGAAGAGUCCCUGCUCAGUGUCAGGCAGACGGAUGUCUGGGAAGAGGUCAAAGAUAGUCUGAUCUUUCGCGAAUUUGCCGCCGUCUGCUCGCGGAUCACCAGUCUGUCGGAAAUGCUUGAUCAGUACAAGAUUCGCUUUGACGAGAAGUGGGCCACUGGAGAUCGCCGCAGUCCAACGCCUUCUCUAACCAGAGAGUCCACCCCAGCAAAUGAUGUCGACAUGGAUACAUAUAGUCGUCAGCCACUGGCAUCAAGCAACAAUACCAUCCUCAACAACUUCGAGCAAGCGCUGCGUUCCCGAAGCCGAGAGCCAUCCCAGCACCGCGAACGACAUUCCCGAACCAACUCCGUCUGUUCAACAACAUCGCAUCAUACCGGAAAGAUAACACGGCCAAUACCCUUACCUCCGAUUCAUGAUCCAACACAAGAAGACAUCCUCGCAGCACUGGGAGUCACGGGCUCUCCCAAGCUAGUCUACCAGACUCCUGGGCCAGCGUAUGGACCAGCGCCAACGACCGCGAAGAGGCCGCACAGCCGUGCAGGAUCUGUCCACAGCGCAAACGGAAUGCUGCAGCCGCCUGUCCAGCCUCCAUUGAAAAUUCAUGGUUACCAUGAAGCAGAUUACGAUGCAGAACCAGAUGAUCAGGCGACACCACGGCCGAAGCUCAAUCGCUUUGACAGCAGCAGGAAGCGCAGCUAUGCGGACUCUAUCGCUGGCGCGAUCGAGGAAUGCGAUGAGGAGGACGAUGAGACUACGCCCAAGCAGCGCAAGAAGCAGGCUCGUGUUGAUGGACGUGGUGGCUAG